UACCGAGGUUGAAAAAUGACCCGCCGAUUAAACUCGAUGACGAUACUUCCUGCAUUCGUGAUAAUUUUUAUCUACCUGACGCAGUCCUGUGCAGGAACGGGAAUUCGACCGGAAGUGACGCUCCUCGAAGUCCUGGCGCAACCUCUUGUUCCUACCGACGGGGCAUCGGACGAUUGCCUCAGGGACAGUGACGUUUACAUUGCGUCAUUGGGGAAUUACACACCAUGGGCUUUGCAGAUGUACGAUGCCUCGGCUAAGAUACCAUCAGGAUUGAUUACCGGGAAUUUGAAGCAAUUAGGUAACUACGACGAGUGUCUUCGGGUCAAAAAUCCCAAUGGAUUUGUCGGCCAGGCUUGCACAGCCGUGGUUAGCUUUGAAAUUUGUAACGUCGACGUUGCCUCAAACGAAACUGACUUGGGGGACCUUCUGAUCAACGUCGCAUUGGCAUCGGGGAUGAAAGACUGGGUCGGAGGUACUACGAAUAAAUACGAAUGGACUUUGUGCGUUCCGUCGACCUGUACCUACAGAGAGAUUCAAAGUAAGAUCGUCACAUCUCUCGAUCCUCUGAGGGUGGAGGGUAGAGUGCACGUGGACGUCAGUAUGACAGAGAAUUCUUGCCACACCGUUGAAACCGAUGUGAAGAAAUUGGAUACAGCUGAUUGGAUUUACGUUACUCUCCUGAUAUUAUUCGCAGUGAUUACAAUCGUCAGCACGGCCUUUGAUCUGAUCACGAGAAACAAGUACCAAGGAAAACGGAAAGAUGUGAAACAGGUCGUUCUCACUUCCUUCUCGUUUUACACAAAUGGCAAGGCUUUGCUGAACACCAAAAGAAACAGUGAUUCAAUUGGUUGCUUGGACGGAUUAAGAUUCCUCAGUAUGUGCUGGAUCAUUUACGGUCACACGUAUUACUUCACGAUCAUCGGUGUUCAAUUGGAUCUCAGCCACGUGCAGACGAUGCACGAGGAUUGGAGUACGCUCUUGUUGCUGAACGGUAACAUCGUCACUGACACUUUCUUCCUUUUAAGUGGCCUGCUUUUAGCAUACAGAAAAUAUUCUCAGAAGCAAAGAAACCGCGGUUCCACCUUAAACCUGUUCGAGCUGUACGUUCGUCGCUACGUGAGGUUAACACCCGUUUACGCAAUCGUGAUUGGUUUUUACGCAACGAUUUACAACAAGAUUGGUUCUGGACCAGAAUGGGACGUUGUGAUCACCCCGAACAAAGAAUAUUGCCAGGCAAAUUGGUGGACCAACUUGCUCUACGUCAACAAUAUGGUCAACAUCGAAACGAUGUGUAUGACGCAGUCAUGGUACCUGGCGGUCGAUAUGCAGCUACUCUGGUUUUCACCAAUAUUCCUUUACCCGAUGCUGAAGUUCAGUCGAGCCACCAUUUUCUGGAUUAUUCUUGGGAUCGGUAUGGCCAUGGCGAUUGCUGUUCCUUUCGGCAUAACUUACGCAAUGGAACUCACGGGGACUAUGCUGUACUACAAAGACGCAACUGACCUGGCCAAUGUCUUUUUGGAAAUCUAUACGAAAACGUACGCCAGGGCUGGAUCUUACUUGAUUGGAAUAGGGAUCGGAUACUUUCUCGCAAAAUCAAAAUCUCUAUCCAUCAAAAUACCGAAGGCAUACGCGAUAAUCGGAUGGAUCAUUACACUGGUGCUAUUUGGGACGACGAUAUUCGGGCCACGAGGAAUGUACUGUUUCGAUCACGUUUACAACAGACUGGAGGCGAGUUUCUACGCAGGAUUUCACAGGCCAGCUUUCGCACUGGCAGUAUCCUGGAUAAUAUUUGCGUGCGUACACGGAAUAGCAGGUCCGAUUAACGGGUUCCUGGGAUGGACCGGCUGGAUGCCGUUGAGCAGAUUAACGUACAGCGCUUAUCUGUCUCACUGCAUAGUGCUACUGUACAAUUCCGGAAUCGCCCGAACACCCGGAAACCUGACGCCCUACACCGUGGUUCACAACUUCAUGGGUAACUUGGUCCUCGUCGUGGGAUUAUCGGCGGUGAUCAGCUUGGUCUUCGAGAUGCCGUUUAUGACGCUGGACCGAAUUUUGUGGAGGAUCAAGGGUCGCCAGGCGGACCCAAAGUCGAAUUUGCCGGGUCCCAGUCACCUGGAAAACGACGAAGAAAUUUACAGAUCGAUCGAUGGAUCGCUAUCAUCGGUCUCGCAGAUGUACACGGACGUUGUUGGCAUAGCAAAAUCCGCAGGUGGAUCCUACGUGACGAACUUCGACCCUAACAGCGGCUACUACGUUGACCAGGUGGACCGAUCGACUAAGCCUGAGAACGUUUACACCUACAUAGUCGGUUCGCAAAUCGGCACUCCGCGGUCCGAAAGAAGGUACGACGUACCAACGAACCGGGCGACCAACUCUGCGGAAGGUCGUUUCGAGUCUACGGACGAUAUCGUCAACUUUGCCGAAAGCAUGGACAGCCAGCAGUCGACGGGAGUUGACAACAAGGCGUAUCAGGUCUGACGAUAAUCGGUCGGUCGACCGGAUACAAAGAAUUUCGAGCGAAGCUGACGCGCUUUGCAAGCUCAGCAAUGAUCGUGGUGCCGGGUCGAAACUUGCGGUCGUAAAUGGAACAGGGAAAUCGCCGACACCGUUGCAGAGGAAUGGUACAUAGUUUAUAUCGUAAAACUAUGGUUAAUUACUGCACGUGAAACCCCGUGGGUAGUUUUUUUUUUUUUUUUUUCUUAUAUGUAUUUUCUUUUUUUCUCAGAGCUUUCGGUAAUUCUCCACACAGAGAGUCAGAGAUUUUAUUUAUGCUAUACCGUACCUAGCGUUUUAAUAACGCGAAAAUUAACCAAGUAUAUACCGCACUGUGUGAUCGAUAAAAUAUGACUAUUAUACCUACGGUAGUUUAAAAGAGAAAUAGAAGUAUUACCUAGUUGUAGCUAUUUAGCGAGAUAUUUUCGGGUUAAAUUCUAAAUAGGCAGUUCAUACUUUCUUACGUAAGUUGUUUUUUCUUCAUCCUUAUACGUACAAUUAUAUCCAGCGUGUAGUUUUCACGUUAAGGCUGAGUAUU